GUGUGGCUGCAGUUCAGUUUUUUACAUGAUGCACACUAAAAAUCGAAAGGAAAAUAUUCAGGGACAGGCCUAUUCAAGCGGAUCCUUAUAGAGCACUGACCAAUCAUGGCUCAAGAUCAAACCAAAAACGCUUGGAGUGAGCAAGAAAUCCCCAAAGCAGAGACAUUAUCUGACAUUUGGAAAGAUUUUUCAGGAAAUUCAACUCUUCAUGGCCUAAAAAAUGCCGUCCUAAGUCGAUCAGUGUACUUAAGGGUUGCUUGGUCGUUGGUAGUCCUAAGCGCUUUUUCUUAUCUUUUGUAUUCAAUAAUACAAAGCUGCAACAGAUACCUGGAACAUGGAACCACAUUUCAAAUCAGUCAAAAGUUCGAAGAAUCCUUGAUCUUCCCGGCGAUUACCAUUUGCCCUAAAAGCACUGCAGACAAGAAGAAGCUAUUCGCCCUUGACACUGACCAAGACUUCCAUCAAUAUGGGUUGAAUAUCAGCGCAUGCGUAGCUACUGCCGAUGUGCGUGCAGGGAUUCCUUGCGGCUAUGCUUUGCUGUGUGCGUGUCUGUCUACAAUAAUGACAGAAAAGCCUCUUAUUGAAGGUUGUGACGAAUCACUACAAGAGAAAAUUAUUGAUGCUUUGAAAUUCCACAACGUUCAAUUCAAGUUUGAGGAAUUUUUCCUAACAUUUUCUCAGACCUGGAGAGAAAUGGUUGACUGGUGUCAAUAUGGUCUAUAUGAAUCAAAUUGCACGGCACAUUUUAGGCCCUUCAUAAAUAGCGAUGGGAUUUGCUACAUUUUCAAUUCAAAUAAAACGAAUGCCAGUGAAUCGUAUUAUCCCGGAGUCUCAGGUGGAUUACAAAUAGUACUCAACGCACAGCUUGACCGGGUCUAUUACCCAAAAUUCUCGGAGGGGUUUUCAGUGUUCGUGACGGAACAGAGCGAUUUCAAAAGUGAUGUAGGAAUCAAUGCAGGAACAGGAUCAUUAACAUCGAUUUCGUUGGAAGUACAGAAGUUUAAAUAUCAAAAGCAUCCUUAUGGUGCUCGAUGUGGAGAGAGAAAAUUAAAAGGAGAGUUCGUACACUAUUCAUAUGGAGCAUGCUAUGCUCAGUGCUGGAGUGACCAUUUGUACCAAAUGUGUGGUUGUCGCCCUGCUGGAUAUGGAGAUUACUUUAAUUUUAGUAAGUGCGACUGUCCUGUUGCUUGCGAAGUCACUAAGUAUAACACUGAAGUAAGCUAUGGUACUCUACCGCACAAAUCUACUGCAGGCGUUAGCCAACUCUUUUCUGCCAAUUAUUCCAGAGAAAACUAUGCAAUCAUUGAAAUUGGCUUCAAAGGUCUGAGCUACGCGGAACACGAAGAAAAACUUGCAUUCGAGAAAACAUCAUUGCUGGGAGAAGUCGGCGGCAACAUGGGUUUGUUACUUGGCUGUAGUCUGUUGACUCUAGUGGAGUUUAUUGAUUUGUUGUUCUCAUUACUACUGUUGCGUUUUAAAGGAAACAAUGUUGGCGUUCACUAAAAGCAUUACAAGGCAGUUGCAUCCAUUUUCAUAGCCAUGCGACCAACUCAGCCCAAGAUAUCUGGGUUUAUGGCUUCUGUCAAUCAAAUAAUUAUUUUUAUGCGCGCAAUAUUACGGCCAAACUAGAUCCAGAAGCUGCUCUGCGAGACGUCGCACUUGUUUGAUGGAGAGAAUCAACAACAAUCAUGUUUGGAAUGAAUUUGGUCUCUGUCGUGUCGGUUUAAUCAAAAAUUAAUAAUCUAAAUAAUAAUAUAAUAGGUCCUGAGCAUUAAAAUUAACCCUUAUUAUUACACAACUUAAAAUUCUCUCCAUCAAAGGUGGGGAAAAUACCCGCCACCUGAAGAGGGAUAAUACAGGAUGGUGUAAAGGGGAAGGCGGUGGGUAAAAAGGAUGAAUCGUGUUCUUCGUAGCGCUGCUGAACUUGAGCGACAGAAUUUAGCGAAUGAGGGCAUAUAGCAAAACUGCACCCUUAGUACACUUUCAAGUCACAUGUCGCAAAUUACGUUUCACAAAGAGCACGUGGUAAUCCUGCCAUAGUCAAGCGGAAACCGCACUUUACCCCACCCUGUGAUAAUGUACAAUUUUUUUUAAAGAUAACAUACAACACUAAUGGGAUUAGCGAAGGUAUUAGCGCUGCAURAGAAUCCCAUUAUACUUGGAGUAUAAUGUUUGGUUUUUAAUCGGACCGUUGGACAUUUUAUUGAAGAAAGCCAAAAGACCAGAUGUCUUGAAUUCACCUUUUGAGCGCUAGCCGUUCUCUAGCUGCUAGCCAAGAAGUUCGGACAUUGUUUUCGGAAUAGAGUAUGAAUGUAUUCGGAAUAGAGUAUGUGCUAACUUUUAAACAUUUUUUUUA